CCGAAUCGUUGAACACUCCUCGGUUCAGCACUUACAAUCAUUAUGAUCAGCAAUUAAUGAUACGAACCAGAUCCACAGUACUUCGACUGUUCAAUUGCCUAUACACUAUUUGCUUGAAGGUCAGUACUAGUUGAAGGAUCAGGUUGAACGUGAACUCACUGAUCGGGAUCUUUAUUGUCAAAUUCUCCAGACUUCCACACGCUCGACUCUUUCAACAGCUACAGCCAAUCUCUUCCACAAUCGCGCUUUGUAUCACAAAAGCGCAGUGUUGAGCUCGAAUUCACAGCAAUCACCGUAUAUGUCUAAGCCCGACUUCAUAUCCUGGACGCAAUCCCACCUCGGCGCUCUCUACGAAGCGCGAGAGGACGAGCUAUUUGUUAACGCCUUCGAUACUGCAUUCUCCCCCUCUUGCGAGGUCCAUGUGAACCAUGCACCUUCGACACUUGAUGCUUUGAGGGAUAGCAUCUCAUCGCGCAAGGCCGCCGCCAAAGGAGUUGCACUCUCUUGGGAGAACGUUAUCUCCACUGGUAAUCGUCCGGACGAACCCUCGGUGGUUGCCGGAACUUUAAUUGUCACUCGUAGCAUGAUGUUCCGCGUUCGCGCCGCUCCUGCUGAGCGUAUGACUCACAUCAACUUCAGUGCAAGGGUGGAAUGUCCAGAAGAUUCUACCGUUCAGGCAGAUGAAAAUGAUGACCGUCGCCGCAUCACCAGCCUCUAUCUUACCUCGGUGGACACAGCACCAGCGAUUCACUUCGUGACACCCCAUCCAGUUAGCCAAGAAAAGAAGAAGUAGACUUACCGAAAACAUGAGUAGGAGUCCUUUGAUAUCUGUAUCAGUAAUGACCGCAUGGUGGAUGCUCAUCCACAUAUUUCCGAAUAGAUAGGAUUAAGUCGUCACAGUCGAGUGGCUUUUGCACAGUUCUGGGCCAGCCGCGUGAGGGGCAUA